AUUGUGCUACCAAUACAUAGAUUUAAUACUAAUGGCGGCCAAAAAGUCUCGGAACCCUGAGCUCAUCAGGGGCGUCGGCACCUUCUCAAGGUCGAAGAUGUACCACAAGAGGGGUCUUUGGGCAAUCAAAGCCAAAAACGGCGGAAAAUUUCCUCACCACGAAAAGAAGAUCGCCGAAGCACCGGUGGCCGAGAAGCCACCGAAGUUUUACCCCGCCGACGAUGUUAAGAAGCCACUCGUCAACAAGCAUAAACCUAAACCAACUAAGCUUAGGUCCAGUAUCACUCCGGGAACAGUUCUGAUUAUCCUCGCCGGUCGAUUUAAGGGAAAGAGGGUUGUGUUCCUAAAGCAACUCGCGUCUGGGCUUCUUCUUAUCACUGGCCCAUUCAAGAUCAACGGCGUUCCUCUGAGGCGCGUGAAUCAAGCUUAUGUGAUUGCAACCUCAACGAAAGUUGACAUUUCUGGUGUAAAUUUGGAGAAGAUUGACGAUAAGUACUUCGCUAAGAAGGGAGAAAAGAAGAAGAAGAAGACCGAAGGAGAGUUCUUUGAUGCAGACAAAGAGGAGAAGAUUGCCCUACCUCAAGAGAAGAAGGAUGACCAGAAGGAAGUUGAUGCCGUUCUGAUUAAAGCAAUUGAGUCAGUUCCAGAUUUGAAGACUUAUUUGGGUGCAAGAUUCUCCCUGAAGGAAGGCAUGAAACCCCAUGCUCUAGUUUUUUAGAGAAAAGUCAUCACCAUUUGAUUAUCUUAUUCUGAAAGUGAAAAUUUUCUUGUUUCCUAAUGAUUUUUAUCUUGUUCAACCUGAAUUUUGUUUUAAUAUGCAGUAUUUUACAAUUUAUAUUGCUAAAAAAAAAAAAAAAAAAAAAA